AUGUCGAGCAGGAAAACCCAGUUAUUUUCGGAUCCUAUGUUGGAGUACCUGGAUGAGAAACAAGGCAAUUCCUUCUUUAAGAAAACAACAAAAGCUAUCCAACAGUUGGUUUCUACCCCGAAUGAAAGUACUCCGAAACCGAACUUGUCGAAUCCUGGAAAACUCGUACAAGGCGUAGAAAUACAAGUACCGGACCAAUUGGUUCUGUCAAAAUUUGGUCAAGAAGUAUUUCCAAACGAUGAUUUUCUUCCUAUCAUGAAGGAAGGUCAAGCGUCUGAAAAUGACAAUUUACCAACCAAAACCCCAUUUUUGAAUGGAGUAGCAUGCACGAUUAUGAGACAGAAAAAUCGACUGUAUUUAAAAUGCUCAAGAGAAGUUGUAUUUCAAGAGAUUCCACUAGAAGAAAGUGUUUACGAAUAUUACGAUGACGAAUUUACUGUCCAAAAACGCAUGGAUAUUUUUUUUAAAAAGUACAGAUCGGAUGGAUUAAGUCUUUGUAUGCAUUUUGCAACAGGUAACUUUACGAUACCCAUCUUAAUCCGACAUGUAUUCUUAUAUGACUAUUACCCGAAAGAAGUCCAGGAUUCCAUUUGGCGAGCUAUGCUUGUUUACAUAUCCCGAGAGGUGAAAAAUGGCCAUUAUUCCACGUUUCAGUAUCAUUGUGCUCAGAGAAAAAUUGGAAACAUUCGCAUGUAUCUCAUAAGGCCUAGGGAUGUUUACUGUUUUCAAAAUCAGUUCGACUGGGCAGCGAUUUGUAACAAGCGAUUUCUGUGUUAUAUGCAACUUGGUAGCGAGUUAGAACAAAAUAUAAUAAAGAGUGAGCAAAUGUGCAAGGAGCUUUUUCCUGAUACAGUGGUUUCGAAAGAAAAUCUCGGCUGGCUCUUUUUUAUUCUGUCCUUGGGAAGCAACGCCAAGGCUUUCCCUAUUCACUAUUACAUAAAUUCAAUCAUUCCUGGAGCAGCACAAGACGGUUUUGUUGAUUGCGUAUUCAUAUACCACCCCAAUGAUUCCCUUUUAUUCCAAAAAAGUACCCAUCGGUUAAAAAUGACUGAAUGGCUCAAGGAACUAAGGUUUGAUCUCGAUAUUUGUAAACAGCAGCGAUUCAGGCAAAUCAAACAGAGCGCCCACAUGCAGCCUCUUUUUCAUCUAACCAAGCCUAUCGGAUGCUCUGAUAAUAUUAGCAAAUUUCACGGCUACCUGUGUACUUAA